CGGGAAAAGGAAUUAGAGAGAAAUAAUGGCGCACGGGUGGCGGUUUGACUCUCGACCGAGCGUUCGAUCCGGUUUUACCGCCUCGCGUCCGGGCGGAUCGCGAGAAACGGAGGAAACGAGCUCGACGAUCACGACGACGGCGGCGGCGGGUCCGGAUUGCCGCGGGCGAAGUCUCGUUCGUUUAUUACGUCGAGGAUACUGGAGUAAGGCCGAAUCGCGCGAGUCCACGACUCCGGAGACUUGCCCCGGAGAACGGUUGUAUCGCCUUGAAAUAAUCCGCGGAGCCCGGCUAUGAUACAAUCUCCGGCGAUUAUUAUGUGCCUCUCGAUUGUUGGGCAAUCGGGAUCGAUGGAAAAAGCGGAUCUCCCGCACACCCCCCCUCCUACCCGCUCGCGCCACCCCCGAGGGGGAAUCCGCUCGCGCGGAUCCGAGAGGACAUUAUACGUCGCACCUCGCGAUCGUGUCAACGGCCGCGCGAACGCCGGUCCACCUGGUCGACAGACGGACUCUCGCCGCGGAAGAUCCGAGUGUCAUCUUGCGAACGGACAAAGGGAGAGUGGGGGAGAAUCAACAACGGGGAACGACAUCAUUUCAUCGCGUGCAAAACGAGCAAGCCACGGAGCUUAACGCAAUAACGCUGAUGAGAAAUGAAUAAGUUAUAAGGGCCGCGAUACUUAUUACAAACUAUUCUCUUUUUUUCUAAUGGCACUACUUACGCCACAAUGAGCGACGAGGACAGCGAACGACUGUAAAGUAAGGCUUAAAACGGUUUAUAACGUUACCGACGUGCGAGAUUCAUGAUGUAUGGAGACGAUAUAUUAAUCCUGUCCUCUGUUAUCUAACACGAAACGAGCGUGCCCGUUUGAAGAGAACACGGAAGAAACGGUUUUGCUUCCCAAGCAAGAAGCUCUACUAGUUCUUUUGUAAGACCGUCGAAAUAAUUAUGAGAGGUAAUAUAAACAUAAUGAGCAAUGCAGUAAAAAAGUUUUGACAUUCUGGCAACCGGUUUCAGUGUCCUACAUAAUCCUUUUGACGAUCUUGUAAAAUUAUUUCUAGAUCUGUGCACACAAAAAAAAUGAUCUUGCAACUUCUACAAAAGUUAUAUGUGUAUAAAAAUUAGCAUAGAUAGAUAAAUAAUUACCAAAUACUGUGAUUUGCAUAUAUAUUGCAUCUAAUCAGUCUAGAUGAUAGAAGUAGAAUGUUCAAAUUCUAUACGUAACAGUCAAAAUUCUAGCAGAUAGGAAAAUUAGCGAUACAUUUUGGUUGUGGCAUCAGGAAAUCUGUUUAUAUCAGAAAAAAAUUUUUUUAGGUGAUAAAGUAAGAUUCUUAUGCAGCAAGCACUAAUUGGAAGCUAAAUUUUUGAAUACUUUAACAAAAUUGUUCUCUCCGUGAGAGAGGAAAAACUGAAAAACGCAGACUUCACUGCUGUAAAGAACGUACGAGAAAUAUUCUCGCGACGAGUGACCUCGCCUACCUGUCGAGGAAAAAAAUAUAAUGGGGCAAGGUGCCACCUCGUAAUGCUUUACCGUAUGUUCCCAGAGUUCCAUCGAAUGCCUCGACAGGCUCGUUUUCCACGAGCGCCAUUAUCCUUCUGACUUUCCGCCGAAUAAAAUUUUUCGGACGCUUCCGCGAGAAAACGUUGACCAUAGUUUUCUUCUUUCUUCUUUUUUUUUGUUCCAUCGGAUUCUUCUAUCUAAAUAGCGAUUACAUCACACUUUUGAAAACGAAAGUGCAACGUAUGAAAAUCACGAUUACGCAACCGGUUAGUACAAGUUGGUAAAUUGUGUAGGGUCAACAUCGUGUUACGAUUGCCACCGUAUUGAGACAUAAAGAUCUUAGCCAACUCGCAAUCGGUAUAAGAUACCAAUUGUUUCUCCAAUUCAUCUUCCCGUUUGCAUCACGUUUGCAUUCCGGUCGUCACCGUCGCUUUUUCGCACUUCCGAUAAGAAGCGCGGCGAUCCUUCUCACCUAUAACUUUCUGUUUAUUUAAAUUCAGGAUUUCUUUCUUGAGAAUUUCUCUUAUUUAUUUUACAGGAUUUUGCACGAUAUCGCCGCGCCGUUUUUAUCCGACCAGUAAAGUGAGCGGAUCGAAUUGUUCACAAGACCGUUUAAGAUCAUUUGGGAUCUAGCGUGAUAUAUGCGCCGAUAACUAGGAUUCGAUAACGAGCAUUUUACGCUCGUGUAUAAAGAAAGAAAGAAAAAAUAAUCGUUCUUUUAUCAUCGAGGUGUGGCAAAGAGUCGCGUGCUGGGCAGAAUUAUACCCGUUCGAUUCCCUGUGCCGGCGAUUUGAAACAAAGUUUAGAUCUGUUACUGCCUCUGUUGUAAGGAACAAAAUAAGCAACAUCCGCUCGAUCUCCCGGAGAUAAAAGGCAUCGGGCGAACAGGAAAGGCAAGGGGAGAAAAAAAUGGCAGAAAACGAGAAAAUCGUGUCGGACGAACGAUUGUAUGAUUAUUUGCGUACGUAUGCGAAAAGCAUCCAAUUGAGAUCCCCGAAAUUUCACGUAAUCGAAAGCAAUAAAGGCGAUAGUUACAUUAGUGUCGUUUAUCGCGUCACGAUCGAGGGAAUCGAGGAAUGGAACGAGGCCAAGAAACUCGAGCUCGUUCUCAAAACCACGCGGAACUACGGCAUCGACAAUAUUUUGACCAGCGGCAGGGUCACAGAGCUAUUCCAACGCGAGGCAUCUUUCUAUCAGGACGUGUUGCCUAUUUUCAAAGAGACUAUGAAGGACCACGGCGGAAUGCACGACCGCUUCCCCAUUUUAUACGACGUCAACGAUGAAUCCGGAAAAGAGAUACUGCUGUUAGAAAAUCUAACGCCCCAAGGUUUCGUGAUGUCAAAGUCAAAAAUUAUGGAUUACCCGCAUCUCAAGUUAGUGAUGCGAUGUCUAGGUGAAUUUCAUGCGUAUAGCUUCAUUACGAAAGCGGCAAAUCCGACGGCUUUUGAGAAAAUGAGGCAAAUGAAAGAACACAUAUUUCUAGAAGUAGUAAAUAGUGGCGAACAAUUAGAGGCUAACGAGAGAAUGAAAAAAUUGGGAAAAAUGCUUUUUUACAUCGUGCUUAAAGCUUUAGCAAACGAAGACAAACAUUAUUCCGAAAGGUACCAACGAUUCAUGGAGAAUAUGCCGCAAAAUAUGUUUGCCGCAACUAAUGGAAAAGAAGCUGAACCAUACGCCGUUGUAAACCACGGUGAUUGUUGGACUAACAACAUGCUCUUCAAAUACGACCAAGAGAAAAAUCCGUGCGACUUGCGUUUCUUAGAUUUUCAGUUAUGCCGUUAUGCAUCUCCCGUUUUAGAUCUAGUUCAUAUACUCUUCUGCUGCUGCACGCAAGAAACAAGGAGUAAAUGUUUUGAUCAGAUAAUUAAAGACGUAUAUUACAAAACACUAUCUGACACUAUAAAGAAGGCCGGUUACGAUCCUAAUGUACUCUUUUCUUACGAGAUAUUAUUACAACAUUUUACCAAAUUCGGGAAACACGCAGCGGGAAUUGCUACUUUCACUGUACAUUAUUAUACUACUAAUGACGUAGACUUCACAAGUGUAUAUGACACUAAUAGGCUCGAAGAAAGAAUAGAAAAAGAUAGCUUUUACAGAAAUAUGUUAAUAGAGACCUUUAAAGAUAUUAUUGAUAGAAAUUAUAUUUAAAUUACUACUUUCACAAUAACAUCGACAUAUUGUGAUACCAAAAGAAAAAAAAGGACUCUUGUAGUUAAAACAAAAUGCUUUAUAUUAAACUUAGACACCAAUGUAGCUAAUUACAUAUAUUCAUACAAGCCUACCGCAUCAGGUUAAGAGAAUUUCGUUAUGACUUAUCGUGAAUGACUUAUUCACAUAAAUAUAAUUUAUAAAAAUUGUAUAUUUUAUGUUUCUGAACAGUUAGAAAUAUCGGACAUUUUAUUGUCACUUUUAUCAAAUAAAAAUUUAUUAAAAUUACUAAAUUUUUCUUUAUAAAUACUUCAUUUUGGUCACUAAAAACAAUAAGGUGCAAUAAUUCUUUACACUAAAGUGCCUAAAAAUUAACGAUGAACAAUUUCAUUCGGAGAAAGACAAAAAUUGUAUAAGAGAUAUAUUUUUAAAAAAAUGUACAGUCUCAAAUAUACAAAAUAAAGGUAAUCUAUUACAUUGUUUGAUAAUGAAAGGAAUACUAGUUUAAUAGUAAUGUAUCUUAGCUCUUAGUAAUAAAGUCUUCUUGGAUUAUUUUGAAAGAAAUUUGUAAUAAUAAACCAGAUAAUAUUUUCUACUUAA